AUGGAAAAUGAGCACUCAAAAUACUUUGAGACCACACAUCGGGAAGAAGAAUUUAAUUUGGAUAUGAAUGAUUCCAGCAAUCCUGAUCUGCCUGAGCCCAAAGAUACGGAAUCUGCAGAAAAUAUUGAUUUUCCAGAGCUAUCCGUCGACACGAUUUCCUCAGAGGAUUUUAAAAACCCAGCGCUUGAUAAAACGAACGCUUGCUACACAAUAGAGUCCCCAAUAAGACUGAACACCAAUGAAAAGAAACCUUCCGGAUUCUCAUCGCUCAAAAGGGAAACUUUUGACAAUAACUUCAAGGACCUUCACAAAUUGAAGCGCAAGCAUGAACUGUUGGCCCUGUCAAAGAGGUACCUGUACAGCAAGCUCUACACACCGAAGCUCGAGGCGCUGCAAAGGCUGGUCGAGCCCGGAAAGUACCUGGUGCAGAGCAUGCAGGAAAAUAAACAAAACACCGUCUUGAGCACGACUUUUAGGAAUCCAAGCAUUAACUCGUCGACGAGGCUGGAUGAGGGGAACGGAGAGUCGCUGACGAAGCCGGAGGACCUGGACACGUCGUGCACGUACGACUAUAAGUCGGAUGUCGGAUACAUCAACGCGAACAGGAGAUUCGCGCCACACCUGAGCUCGAACUUUGAGUUCCUGGACCUGGACAAGAUCGAAAACGAGUUCGGAGACUUUUCGUUCUGCGACACGGACACGUCAAACAAGCUGGUGGAGGACUCGUUUAAAACUGAAUCUUACGGAGAGGGGACGGAAACGAGAGAGGAAUACAACAACGUGGAAAAGUACGAAAAGCUAAUAUACAGAUACAAGAGUAAGCUGGAGGAGUCGAAAGCAGAGGCUCCCAGCGUGGUGACGCUUAAGUCGACAGCAGAGUACGUAAACGGCCGGAAGAAAAAAAGAGUGCAAAUACCAGACAACGCAUAUAAAUUGGCAGACGCAUCAGAAGGGAAGGGAGACAAGUCGCACAAGAUCAUCCUGAAGCUGGUGGAGCUGGAGUCGGGAGAAACGGAUCAACAGUCGAAGAACCUGUUGGAGUUGAUUGAGGACAGGCUGGAGCGGAUAGCGAAGUCGACGGAGUUAUACGGAGACAAAGUACUAAACCAGGAGAGCAUCAUAGACCAGUUGGAGGCGCUGAAGCCACCCUCGAUGCCGAGGCAGCACUUUUUGUUUCUGUGCAUGAAGCCGCUGGGAAUGAGCUACUCCGAGUACUUCAAAGCAUUCGAGGAAAGUAACUUCGGAGACUUCCUGGACAAGCUGAACAGCUUCAACCUCUUGAACAUCAACGCGAUGGGCUGCGUGCUGGACGCGGAGUACGAAAUACUGAAGGAGUUCAACAGGCUGGGAAGAAUACACCAGAAGCUGAUCAACGAAGAUCUGAUAUACACGAAGAUCCUGAGCAGGAUGCAGGACAACUUCAUGGCGCAGGCGGAGGACCUGCUGAAGACGACGAGGCAGGACCUGAGGCUGGAGGUGGGCUACUCGCACCUGCGCUGGGGAAGGAUCAAAAACGUGCUCACGUGGAAGCCGGGAGAUCCCAUACUGAGGGAAAAGGGCUUCGCGCAGGACAUGGCCUCGAGCACGAAGAUGAAGACGCUGCAGAGGAUGGAGCAGGCCUUCGGGCACAGCUCGCAGUCGCCGUACUCGCCGAGUAAGCAGCUGGCGGCAAACGAGGCGCACUACAUCUACUACAUUAAGACGCUCCAGGACCUGGAGGAGAAGGAGCAGGAAGUGUCGCAGCUGCAGGUCUCAAGAGAUAGGAUGCAGACGCUGUCGGAGUUUUCGGUCUUUGGGCCAUACCUGAAGCCGGAGAAUUCGCUCCCCUGGAAGUGCAUAGGACUCUCGUGUACGUCGGUGGUCUGGAAGAUGUACAACACGGUGGAGUGCAUACCAAUAGUGUACAAGUUUAGAACGCUGAAGGACGUUGGCGCAGAUGGGUUGGAAAAGUUGGAGACGUGCUAUAAAAGAGCGCUGGCAAAGAUACGCGAGUUGAACUUGAAGCUGCCGAAACGAGUUAGUUUGAUAAAACACAAGUGUUCUCAGAGCCAAAUUUACUUUUCAACCUCAGUGCAAGUGCAUAGCAAGUGCGUAGUUGAGCAGAUGCAGUUUAUAAAGCACGUGCCCUUCUCAAUAUUGCUGGAAAAGUCGACACAAUUUAACUCAGCAGAAAGGUACGCGCAGACGCAGGUGGUUGUGAGGGAGGUGGUGAGGAUGGUGAGCCACCUGAAGGGCCUGAACUUCAUACUCCCGCUCAAGUCGAGCAGAAUCUACUUUAACAACGGAGGAGUCAUCCUGUCGGCAGGAGUCCCAAUGAUUGGUAAGCACGGUGGCUACGCGCUGCCUGAGCAGUUCUCACGAAUUUCCAGGUACCUGCCGCCCGAGGCAAACGGAAACCCGUCUUUCACGCGAGAUCCACUGCAGGUCUCGAAAGCGCACACGUGGAUGAUCGGGAAGAUACUCUACGAGUCGAUUUGGGUGUCCACAGUCAAUAAAAAUGAACUCGACUACUCGAGGAUUGAGGUGUGCGAACACGAGGACAUACGGGAGUUCAUGAAGAUUUGCCUGGAAAGGGACGCGAACAGGAGGCCGCCAGUGGAAGAGAUACUGAGCUUCCCGUACCUGAAGAACGUCAAGCUGAACUACGGAACGUUCGUGCCGAUGGACGUGCCCAAGGUCAGGUGCGCAGUGGAGUUCCUGGGCGACAUCGAGACGAUCGUUCAGAACAAGAUGAGGAAGACGGAGAAGGGAGUCGCGGACUACGAGCAGUACGACGACAGCGAACUCAAGUUCUGCGAAAGCAACGGUAGGUGCCCGCGUGGCAGACGAAUAACCCUUUUCAGACGAAAACCUGGGACUGCUGAACAACAACGAUAA